CGUAAUCUUCUUAACAAGAAAGAAGGUGGACCACCAUCAACAAUCAAGGAAUCGAGUGAAUCGUCACAAACACUUGACGAUACCGAGUCCGAUAAAGGCGGCAGUCAGCUGAAGCACGAGAAUACCGUUGUGCGUGCCGAUGGAACAGCCGUCACCAAGUCGGUGCCAUCAUCGUCACUAUCAGGUAUUAGUGUCCUUUUUUUGUUUUCAGCUCAAAAACAAGAAAUUGUUCGAAUGACGCAACAGCUACUGGAUGCGAUUUCGUGCAAAGAUUUCGACGUCUAUGCGAAAUUAUGCGAUCCUGCAAUGACGUGUUUUGAACCUGAAGCGUUAGGAAAUCUUAUUGAAGGUGUUGAAUUUCAUCGGUUCUACUUCGAUUACGGUAACAAUAAUCCACGAAAAAGUCAAGUACACACUACAAUGCUGAAUCCGACUGUGCAUGUGAUAGGCGAAGAAGGUGCAUGCAUCGCUUACGUGAGGCUUACGCAAUUUAUGGACAGGAACGGUGAAGCCCGUACACGACAAACGCAAGAGUCACGAGUAUGGCAGAAAAAAGCUGGACGGUGGUUAUGCGUUCAUGUGCAUCGUAGCGGACCACCCGCAGGUUCGAGUUCGUCGCCGGUCGAGUUUUGA